GCCUCGGCGGCUACUAUACGAUCCAGGGGACCGACGACGCCAUUACGGCAGCGCUGGCCAACUACUUCACACGGGCGGAGGCCACGGCGAAUUUGGUGGCGGGCAUCACGGAGUGCAAAGAUUAUACGGACACGUCCUUGCUGGAUUACAGCACGACCGCUGCAAUGAACCAGGCCAUCGCCGAUGCGCUGGUGCCCUACGGGACGGCUCAAAGAGACGCGGCGAUUGCGGCGGCCCUCGCAGCCUACGACACCAGGGCGCAGACCGACAGUCCAGGCGGCCAUCACGGCUGGCUUGGUGCCCGUGAAAUUGAGCAACACCAGUCCUGGAACGGCGGGCCCACGUUCAACCUGCUCCGGGGAACCAACGUGCUCCGGAACUUGUCCGUGGCGGGCGCCCUGACGGCCACCUUCCAGAAUCUGGAUGACACCAUCCUCAUCGAAUCGGACAGCUACGCCCGAUCCGAGACCUACACGCAGCUCGAAACCGGGGCCACGGCGGCCCUCGACGCGCUGAACCUGUCCCAGUACCGCACAAAGGCCCAGGUGCUGGCGCUCAUCGCCGGCGAGCUGGUGCCCUACUCAGAGCAGGGCGAGGUGUCCAGCUACGUGGCGGGAGAGCUCAGCAACUACGCGACGAACAGCUCCGUGAGCUCCAGCAUCAGCUCCGCGCUGACGAGCUAUGAUCUCAGUGGGACCGUGGAUUCGAAAAUCAUAACAGCUCUUCUCGAUUUCUACACCCGAGCGGAGACGGAUCAAGCCAUCGCCGACGCCGUGUCUUCCGGCACGGACCUCUCGGCCUACUACACCUCGGCCGAGACGGACCAGGAAAUAGCGGACGCCAUCGCGGGCCUCGUCGGCGUCUACGUGCGCUGGACGGAGCUCCAGGCCCCGAUCAUCAACGAGAUCAACAUAGCGCUGCUCGACCAACGACCUUGGGCCGCUCGACGCGCGCAGCUCAACGCCUCGGACCAGACCAUCGCCCUGAACACCACCUCGGGCACGGCAAAUUUGGUCAUCGAGCCGAACACGGGAGGAUCCUACAACGGCGAGGUGAUUUGCUUUUACGGCUUCCAAAACCUCUCGGACGAGAGGCUCAAGACGAACGUCCGGCCGAUUUCGGAGGACGAGGCGCAGGAGCUCUUCGACGGCGUGGAGGCCAGGGGUCGACGGUGCCGCCAACCAGUCGUGGCGCAGGAGGUGGAACCGUCCGGCGCGCUGGGCAAGAGCUUUUGCAAGCUCAGGAACUUCGACGACCGGGAGCUCAUGACGCUGGACUACCAGCGGAUGACGGCGCUGUGGCAGACCUGCAAGAGCCUGCAGCCGAGGAUCGAGAAGCUGGAGAAGAAGAAGCGA